UUUUGAGUCAUAGCAUUAUUGUGAUAGAAUCUGAUUUUUAUUAGAUAAUUUUCCUGUUUGUGCACAAAUGUCUAUAAAAAGAAAUUUACAAUUUACUUGAAUAUUAUUAAAAUUAAGUAUAUGUUGAAAUCAAAUGAAUAGUAAAAAUGUAUAAAUUGUUUUUAAGCUCAUGUGCGAUAGUUAACCUGAAAUAUAUUCUUUGUUUGGUGUCUGUGGGUCAUUGCUUUAAUAAAUUUUUGUCAAAUAGCUGACUUCACUAGACUUUCAUUAAUUUUGUCAAAUAACUGACAAAUCACUAGAUUUUCAUUAAUCUAUUUUAUGUAAUUUCUGUAUUCAGUUAAAAGUUAUCAAAAUUUUAACAUAUUUUAAAGUAAAUAUGCUUUUUGAGGAUUUUGUUCAAGUUUACUGUUCAUUAAUUAUAGAUUUUCUUUAGACACAUGUAGUUUAGUUAGUUUAUAUCUAAUUAUAACAAUAAUUUUGUAAAGAAAAUGGCUCGAGCUUUUGUUUACACACGUUCUAUUGAUACAAUCUUUAUGGAUAUAAAAAUAAAUGGCAGAACAUAUUCGUCCAAACAUGGAAUACAAAUAAAAGGAGAGUCACAAAUCUGUCAUGAUGUGUCACCAGUUAACGUGAAUAAAAAAAAUCAAAGUGAAACAAUAGAUGACUCUUCAGCCCACGUUAAUUGUGCAAAUCAAAAAUCUGUGUCCCCUGAAGAAAGUGUUUCUUUAAUAAAAAACAAUUCAAAUCAAAAUAUAUCAAAUAACAAACAAAACAAGUCAGGUUUUAACGAAGAAAAUGAUAAACAUAAACUGGCUGAAGGAAGCAAACUAACUUGUGAUGUUUGUUUUUUAACCUUUGAAAAAGAAGCAACAUUGGAAGUACAUAAAAAAGAUUAUGCUUCUGUGUUCAAGUGUCAUAAAUGCUCUGUAGCCUUUCAUAGGCAACGUUCUUUGACUUUUCAUAUGAGGCGUGAUUGUAGAAAUUAUGGGAGAAAAACAAAAUUCAAGUGUAAUUUUUGUAAUCGAAACUUUUGCUAUAAUAAGCAACUUCAAGCUCAUUUAUUCCAUGGACACAGUGAUGAAAUAUUUUCUACUGAACGUAGAAAUGUGACAGUACCUGUUGUAUCGUUAACAAGAUCAAAUUACUCGGGCAAAAUGUUAGCGCAAUCUAAUAAGAACCUUAGUCAGCAGAAAAAAAAAUUUCAGUGUCACAUAUGCAAGAAGUCAUUCUCUUUGAAGGAGAACCGGCGCGAACACGUGAGAUUGUUUCACUCAAUUUAUAUGUCGAGUAUAUGCAAUGCGCGUUACACGACCAUGAAGAAGUUAUUAAGUCAUUACAUACGUCAACAUAUAGUGUUUAAACGAAAGAAAUGUUGCGUGUGUUACGAAAAAUUCACCUCGUUAGCCUUAUUGAAGCGACACAUGAUCUUGCAUUGUGUGAAAACUAUAAGGUCCAGUAAGGACACUCUGCCAGUCGACGUUGAAAUAAACUGCAAUGCGUUAAAGAAACGACACAAAUGCAAAGGUUGCCACAAACAAUUUUGGCUGAAAUCGUGUUUGGAGCAACACGAGAAAGUGUGUAGUCGACUGAAGUGCAUAAUUCGUGACAAACAGGACGCAUCUCGCGUAGAACUUAACUCUUCUUCUGAAAAAUCGAGUAAUGAAAAAAUCAGCAGAGUAAAAACACCUGAGCUAGAAAAAAUGUUGGCUGCUCUGGAUGGGGCAACAACUUCGGAAAAUUCGGCCUCAAGUAUGCCUGUUUCAGAAAGCAAUCUUUGCUCCAUCCAAACAAGGAUGCUUAAUGGGAUUGCAUGCGUGAAGGGCUACGAAAUUACUAACGUGGAGAAAACGAAGUUCCCUUGCACCAUUUGUGGAAUACAGUUCCAGAUAUUCCAGAAUUUGUGCAUACACGAGCGCACUUAUUGCCAACCAGUUAUUAACAAAUGUAACCAUUGCAAUACAGCAUUUUCUACUAAAAGAUUAUUGCAACGACACUUACUUGCUACUCAUACACCAUCGUACAAGAAAAACUUUAUGUUAUUUUGCAAAUUUUGUAAUCAAGGAUUCCGUAAGAAAAAAUAUCUACGAAUGCACGUAGGACACUUCCAUAAUAAACAGGAUACACCACCGCUAAACCUUAAUUUAGAAGAUAAACCGACCUGUAACAUAUGUCACUUGCUUUUCGAAUCAUACGAACACUUUAUUGAACAUAAUGUAUAUUACUCGAAGGAAAGUUAUUUAUGUUCAAUAUGUGAAAAAUUGUUUUCAGGACUAUAUCAGCUUCAUCAUCAUCACAAAUUAAAUCAUUAUCCGGAUAGAAUACGAAAAUUGUACUCUUACAAAUGUAAUAUUUGUAACGAGGGCUUCAACUAUGAAUCGCAUUUUCAUGCACAUAAAUUACACGUUCAUUCAAACGAUUCGUCCAAAUUGAACAAGUUGCAUCAAACUUUUGAUGCAAGAAUCUCUGAUUCUUCGAAUAGAUUAAAAUUUGAAACGGAGUGAAUGUUUGAUUAAUUAGGAUAUUUCCAACGCAGUAAUUAACUCAGAUCGAAAUAUAUAUGAGCAUUUGUUUUCCCUAAUUGUAGCAUAUUCUUUAAAUAAAAACUUAAACUCAGAUGUUUUUCUUCUCUUGUUCAUACACAAAAUUCAUACGCAGAAUAUGAUUUUGGAUCAAAUUAAUCUAAUUUCUAAUUGAUGUAUUCGCCUCGUGUACAUUUCAAUCUUAAUUAGUUUUUGUGCAUAGUGUUGUAAAAAUAUACUUUAUCAAUCAAACAUUUGAUAUAUAGUAUUUCACAUUUUACAACAUAUUUUUAAGAGUUUCUUUUUUAUUGUUAUGCGCAUAAUGGCUGUUUGUGUAAGUGAAUGUAAAUAAAUGUGGUUCAACAUUUGUUAAUACUGCGAACUUCCACUUAAAACUUACUCUAUUGGAAUACGUUGUGAAAUACAUGAAUCUUCUAAAUGACAUUAUUGUAUAUAUUGUAUUUUUAACACUGUAGUUAUUGAUAUAAUUUGAAAUUGUUCAUCAAAACAAUGUUCAAAGAUUCAGGCAAGAUAUUAUCUAAAAGAUUUUAUGAAAUGCAGAUAUGUUUUAAUCGUUCUGUUCUAAUUUUUUAAUCAUUCAAUUGCCAGUGACUGUGAUCUACUCAUAAAUUUCCAUAAGCUGAGCCAAUUAUGCAUUGUUGCUAGUAAUCGAAAACUGUUACAAUUAUUUAAAGAUCCAUUUCUGAUAAAACAGAAACGGCUUUUUUCUCAGAUAUUGUUAAUUUUUUAAAAAAAUCUAGCUUGGACAAUGAUGUAAUUUAAGUAUGUAAAUAUCUAUAUGAAUAUGAUAAACUUGUUUUAUUAUAAGUAAUCGAUAUAGGAGAUUAUGCAUGUAGAAUUUAGUAUUAUAAAUGAAUGUUAUAUAAAAUCGCAUUGGAAUUGUAGAUAACUGUUUUGAAUUGUAUAAACAGAAUAUUGGAUCUGAUCAAUUAGAUCUUCGAGUAUUUUUCAGUUCACUCGAAACCUACGAGCUGAAAGAUUUUGAGUUAAUGCAAUUGAUUUUUAAUAUUCACGAAAAUCUCCAAUUCCAAGUUAUUAUUACCAAAGUAAGAGCACGAUGAUGAUUGGUGUGCAAAACUUACACACUCUUCAAAUCAAACGCGUCUGACCCAGUAUAAACUGCUCUCAAUUCAAACAUCGAGCACUGACUGAAGUUUGGGUGUCAGCCUUAGGCGCUUCCUGUUCAUUGUUUGCGAUGGUUUCAGUUUGUUGAACCAGAAGAUGCCAAGCACUCUAGGCUAGACAACAAGCUAGAAAACGAGUAAACUAGCUGUUCCAUGCUGUCCCUAACAUUAUUUGACAUACAUCAUUUUAUUCAUUUGAGGCAUAAAGAGAUCUAUCCUGUCGUAUCUUUUGAUAAUUUUGGAAUUUGGAAAAAAAAUAAGUAGUAAGUUUAAGACUUUGGUAAAUAAUCCAUGACUUUUUCGAAUUUUGUCUAUUUUUUCCCUUCAAUGCUUUAUUAUAAUAUAUCAUUAAAACGAGAAAUCAGUCGGCAGAGAUUGAAAAAUAUUUUUGUAUUUUUGGUA